AUAGAGCCAAGUCGUUACGUUAGCGUGCAAGAAGCUUCGAGUUGAGCCACAAGCCAUAGCCAUAACCAAAUCGCGAAGCACGAAUCUGUUAUUAUUACAGAGAGUGAAGUGAAAUGCACUAAUACUAAUUUGUUUUUUAAUCUAUCGUAAACCGUGGCUUCCUCAGGUUCACAACAGCAGGGACUAUCACGAAGAAAACAAUCUUCUUCGCAACAAACCGGGUCGACCCGAAUCAUAUACAGAGAAUCACAGAUCCAUUCUGAAUCCGAAAUCCCGAUCUGGCAACGUAACUGGUUCAUAACAUUUCUCUUUCUAAUGGCUCUCGCUUUCUUCGCCCUCGCCAUUUUCCUCUUCCUCACUCUCGAUCCCGAUGUUUCUCAUUCUUCCACCGCUUCCGCGGCUUCCUCCGAAGGCGUCGAGGUGCAGAUUACUUAUGGUUCGGUUAUAAAGCUUAUGCACGAGAAAACGAAAUUUAGGUUGCAUUCUCACGAUGUACCGUACGGUUCUGGAAGUGGACAACAAUCAGUUACCGGUUUUCCCACUGUUGAUGAUUCCAACAGUUAUUGGAUUGUUAGGCCCGAACCUGGAACUUCUGCUAAACAAGGUGACGCCAUUAAGAGUGGCACAAUCAUUAGAUUACAGCACAUGAGGACAAGAAAGUGGCUACACAGCCAUCUGCAUGCUUCUCCUAUAUCAGGCAAUCUUGAGGUCAGCUGCUUUGGUGGAGAAUCUGAAUCUGACACCGGGGACUAUUGGAGGCUUUUAAUAGAAGGAAGUGGGAAGACUUGGAAGCAGGAUCAGAGGGUUCGGCUUCAGCAUAUUGACACUUCAGGCUAUCUACAUAGUCAUGAUAAGAAAUACAGUCGGAUUGCUGGGGGACAGCAGGAGGUUUGUGGUGUUCGCGAAAAGCGCCCUGACAAUGUCUGGUUGGCAGCUGAAGGUGUCUACCUUCCCGUCACUGAAAGCAAGCAAGUUGAGUAGUGUCAAUAUUUUGUCCAAUUAACAUGGAUUAUGUAGUUGGAGACUAGCACCAGUACUCUAAAUAGACGCAGAAUAUCUGUUGAAGGGAAAUAUACGCGAGCAUUCUUAGGACUAUAUAAUUAUAGAUAUUUUGUCGUAGGUUCACUAUCUUAUGAAGGGGUUGCAGGCCUUUCUACCAGAAGAAAUACUUGCUGCAUCUGUUAUUUUUGUUGUGCAAUGUUCUAAUGGGUGAUUUUUUAAAUAGGACUACAAAGGAUGAAUUUACAGUAGUGGAACUCUAUUUUUCAGGUGAAUUAAGAAGUUUAGUUAAUUAUACAUGA